GAUAUAAAAGAUGAGCCAAUCUUAGAAAUAUUAAAAACUGUUGAAACAAGAUGGCUCUCCUUAUCAAAUGUAAUAGGAAAUCUAUACAAAAUGAUGGAAUCGGUUUUAGCUUCAUUAAAUGAAGAUUCAUUAGAAGUAUAG